AUGAGAUUCUUACCACCAAUUGGCAUUGUAUCGCAUUAUGUAAACUCAAAUCUUGUACACAUCCAUACAAUAACUAAAUUUCAUAGUCUUGGUUUACAAAAUAACCACUAUUAUAAAUUUCAAAUUGUAUUUGAGAUGCAGAAACGCGGAUACCGCCCUGAUUGGAUGGUAGAUUGGGUACGAAUCAAACAGAGAUGGAGGACCCAGCAGAUAAUUAACAAGAAGGCUAAACACAAAAAUCACACCCGUGUUAGACUUAGAUUUAGGCUUACCAGAUUCGGAUGGGAAAGAUUAUCUGCCAAAAGACACGGAAUCAAAUAUAACAUGAAUGACAAGAAGUACCGCAACACGAUGAAGAUAAAAUUUGUACAUAGGAAUGAUUUAAAAAAAAUGUUAAAACAACUACCGGGGUAUACACUGAGAUUGAGAGAUCCACCGUUGGACAAUAAUCCUAAUAUUCAAAGGUGUAGACGUUUCGUUGGCUCAUAUUUUGGAUGA